CGUGGGUCUACAGGUCAGUUCAGGUACCUGAUCAUGAAGAAGGAUAAGCAGAAUUUCACGAAUGAAGACCAUACUGCAGAUCAAUGAAAUGUGUACAAUUCCCGUUAGAAAGACAAUAUCUUAAUCAUAAAAAUGAGUCGACAUUUGUUGAAGCGAGCUGUGAAGUAUAGCAUCCUUGGUAGUGGGAUUGGAUGCUCUACAUUCUACCUUUGGAAAAAUGACUGGGAAUUGACUAGCAUAGGUGUUGUUAGAUUCGGACGAGCUGCAUGUGUGGCACUGCGGAUAGCAGUAGAUUAUAAAUUAAGCUUACAUAAUCAAGAUAAUACUUCCCCAGCAUACCAAGACCUGUUGUCAAAGAUACAUUUACGUUCGGCCCUGAGAUUGCGAGAAAUGAUCUGUAAGAAUGGAGGUGUAUUUAUUAAGGUUGGACAGCAUGUUGGCACCCUUGACUAUCUCCUCCCUGAACAGUAUGUUAGCACAAUGAAGGUACUUCACAACCAAGCUCCACAGUCAGAUCUGGCUGAUCUUCAGAAAGUGGUAGAGGAAGACUUGGGCAAAAAGAUUGAGGAGCUCUUCAUUAAUUUUGAGUCCAAACCCAUUGGAGCAGCAUCCCUCGCCCAGGUCCACAAAGCCACUCUCAGAGAUGGCCAAGUGGUGGCAGUGAAAAUCCAGCACCCUAAGGUUAGGGCAAGGUCGUAUGUGGACAUCAAAACCAUGGAGCUUCUUGUGCGGGGACUAGCCAUAGUGUUUCCAGGCUUCCAGUACCUGUGGCUGGCUGAGGAAACAAAGAAAAAUUUACCUUUAGAACUGGAUUUCCUUAAAGAAGGAACAAACUGUGAGACAGUUGCUAAACAGUACAAGCAUUUCAGCUUUUUAAAGGUACCCAAGAUUUUGUGGAACUUGUCAUCAGAACGGGUACUAACCAUGGAAUACUUUGAGGGUGGCAAAGUUGAUGAUCGUGAAUACAUGAAAAGUCAUGGCAUAUCAGUCAAUGAGGUGUCACGUAAGCUGGGAAAACUGUACAGUGAGAUGAUAUUUGUACAGGGCUAUGUUCACUGUGAUCCUCACCCAGGAAACGUCCUUGUAAAGAAAACCGAGACAGGAGUAGACAUCAUUCUGUUAGACCAUGGACUUUACCAGUCUCUGACUGAUGACUUCCGGCUACAUUACUGUAAGAUGUGGAUGGCUAUGAUCAAUGCUGAUGUAGAAGGAAUAAAGGAGCAUGCUACUGCACUGAACGCUGGAGAUUUGUAUGGAUUGUUUGCUUGCAUGUUAUCAGCCAGAUCCUGGAGCUCUAUAACAUCUGGAAUGGGAAAUACAAAAAUAACACGUGAAGAGACAGAUGAAAUUAAAUCCUAUGCUGCUGCUCUCUUGAUUCAAAUAUCAGAUCUUCUCAACCGGGUCCCUCGACAGUUGCUGCUUAUCUUGAAGACAAAUGACGUCCUUCGAGGAAUAGAGACUUCUCUUGAAACCAGAGCCAAUGCCACUUCCUUUAUAAACAUGUCACGUUGUUGUGUUCGUGCUUUAACAGCAGACAAACUUCAGAAAUGUCACUCUAACCUUGAGACAUUCAAGGUCAAGCUCGGCUGUCAAUGGCAGCUAUGUAAAAUUGGACUAUAUGAAAUGUUUUUGUGGUUACAAUCAUCUUUUCUUGGCAGAUAUAUUUUUACCAUAAGAAAUGCUCAGCUUCUAGGGAGAUAACAAAUAAAGUACUUAGGUUUAGAUUUAGAUGAGAAUAAUUGUUGUAACAAAGAAAUGUAUUGGGUAGUAAAAAGAAUCUCUUACAGAAAGAGGAUGAAACCUGUGUCCAGUGGUCAUACAGAUUAUUGCCCUUCAUAUUAACAUGAAACAGUAUGUUUCAAAGAUAACUUACCUGAAUUAUGACUUUAUUAUAUCCCUGAAAUGAAGACGUUAGUGUGUGUAUGUAGGGAGAGGGGGA